AUGGCUGAAUCACUCGCGGCGCUCGGCGUCGCGUCCAACAUCGUCCAGUUCGUCGAGCUUGGCUUCAAGAUCACAAAGGCCGUGAUUGAGACAUACCGAAGUACCGAUAUUAAUGGCCUGGCGGAGCGCAAUGUCGACCUGGUCGCCAUGACUUCCAGCCUCAAAGAUCGGUGCACUCUCCUCCAGGAUGACGCUGCGGCGAAAGCUGACCCGAUCACCUUGGGCCUCCUGAAGCGAUGUAUCAGAGUCGCAAAUGAGCUACUUUUCGAGCUUGAAGGGCUCAAGAUGAGCGCUGCCGACCGUCAACGGACCUUAGCAAAGUUCGCAGUUUCUGUUAAAGCAUGUUGGAAGAAAAGCAAAAUCGAGGCCCUUGCGGCCAGAAUCGCGGACAUCAGAAAGGAAAUAUUUCGGAGAUUGGAACCCUUACUCUAUGACCACCGCAAGUCGCUUUCAGAAGCCAUGCGCUCACUAGGCGAGGCAUCGGCUGCUUGGAAUAACGCUACAGAGAGAAGGCUGGAUGCUAUCGCCCAAGAUCUUGGAAAGCUUCUCAACACCGAGGCAAUGAAACCCCCAUCAGAUGAUCUCGGCAACUUUGCAAAACAACUCUGCAGGUUUGCUGACGAGGCAAAUCAUCGUGGCAACAUAAGGGCGAUUCUUAAAAGUCUGCAAUUUGCGCAGAUCAAGGAGAGGCAGAAUGAAAUUCCACAGGCGCACCGCGACACUUUCCAAUGGAUAUAUGACGAUUCCUCGCCUGCAGGCUUCAAGGAAUGGUUCCAACAGCCAAGUCAAGGCAUCUUCUGGGUUACUGGGAAGCCGGGAUCUGGAAAGUCCACCUUGAUGAAGCUGAUUCUAGGCCAUAAGAUGACCCAAACGCUGGCAGAGGCAUGGGCUGCGCCAAAGCCUCUCAUCGUCGUCGGCCAUUUUUUCUGGAGUGUUGGUACUAAGAUUCAAAACUCCCAAGAGGGCCUUCUUCGGUCCUUGCUGUUUCAGAUCUUUAUCCAAUGCCCAGAAAUCAUUCCGGAAACUUGUAUGGAGAGGUACUCAGAUCCCUUCCAAUCACUAGAAUCCUGGAGUAUCGAGGAGCUCUCUCAAGAUUUUGAGAGAAUUCAACAAAUUCAGGAGCUUCCAUUCCGUUUUCUUCUACUUAUCGACGGUCUCGAUGAGUACAGUGGAGAACCUCGAGAAGUCAUAAGAUUCUUGCGCGUGGUCGCAAACUCGUCGAGUUUCAAAAUUUGUUGUUCGAGCAGACCAUGGCCUCAGUUCAUCGAUGCAUUUGGCCAAAGCCGCUGGAAACUAGAGAUGCAAAACUUGACUAAGAACGAUAUACUUCGAGGCUCUGUACGUGUCGAUAUUCGCAAGGAUGAUCCUGAAGUCACUUGGUCGGAUCUGAUUGACCUCGCAUUGUUAGCCGAAGUUCUGAACCUGUACGAAGAGAAGUUCGCAAAUGCGAGGGCCAUGAUGAACGUCAUAUGGCAAACCUUCCUUGCUCGAGUCACGCACCUGGAGUCAACGGAGCCGACUCCAGCAAACAUAAUCCAAGCUUGCAAGAUUUUCGUUGAGCACGAGGCCCCGAGAUAUUUCCGACCUCUACCGGCCAUUGUCGAGACAUUUCCUCACAUGAGGCUGCCGGAUAACGCGAGUAGGAGGCACCACUACGACGCAAUACACAUGCUCCAAUCUAACGAAACUUUCAACAAAAUUGAAUUGGACGAGUUAAGAGAUUUGUUCCCUUCAGAUCGUCUUGCACAGAGGACAUUCGCUGGCUUUAGUCAUAUUUUGGGUUGGCUGUCGACGAAACCGGCAAAGGGGAAAGCGUAA